AUGGGUCGUCGAAUCGUCUCCCGUGGCUGUCACCUGGCGGAGCGAAAAAACGGCGACUCUACGGCUCUCUGGCGGCUGUCACCCGACGGAGAGGAGCUGGAUGGAGGUGGGGCGCGUGUCAGGGAACUUCAUCCUCAGGUCUGCGCAGCAAGAAGAGGCUCUUCAUCGCAUCUGGUAUGCUCUUAGGAGGUGGCAACUCGUCUCCCGGCGGAUCGUCCUCUUCCCGACGACGGCUUGUUCGUCGAUCAAUUAGAGAUGAUUUACUCGAUGGAUUUGCGAUCCUUUUAUCGCAAAUCGUUCAACAAUUUUAGUAGCAAUGCUCCGCGAAUCGCGUUGACGAGAUUUUCGCCGAUGAUCCAGCGAUUCUUGUUGCUUAAUCCUUCACCGGCGAUCUGCAGGAAAGUCGCGAUAAUCAGAUAAAAAUAUAUGAAUUUUGACUCUAGGAGGAUUCGAACCCGCGCCGGUUGUUCGCCCCUUCUGAGGAAGGUGUGACGCGGGUUUAGUCCCACAUCAGUUGUGCACCGAUUUUUCAGGCGAAUAUAUAGUAAUGUUAGCUUUCUAAGCAAAGUUCCUUCUCUCGCGUGUACGACCACUCCUUGCCCCACAGCCGGUUGGCCACCGGUGACGUGGAAGGGGAGUGGCGCACUCGUGCCCCUAUUAGUCCAAGCCGCUCGAGCCCCUGCUCGCGGCUACUCCUCGACUGAGCUUUCGCCCUGCUUGCAGGCCCGGCUGGCCGGUAGGUCCCCCUCAUUUUGUCUUAUUUUUUAUUUCUUUUUCUUCAUUUAUCUCAAAAGCAAGACUGUAAAAAUCAUAUAAAUUCAUGUAAAAUCACAUAAUUACCUAAAAAUUCACAUUAAUCAACUGAAAACCACUUUUCACACUUUAACACAAAUAUAAGUCUAUUUAUCAUGAGUUAAGGCUAAAACUAUAUUAUUUACUAAUUAUUAACUCAUGAUAAUGAAGACUUAUCACACCCCUCAACUUAAAUCAUUGCUAGUCCCUUAGCAAUGGAAUUACGAAAAUAAAAAUUUACAAAUCUCAAACAUCAUAUUUCAAUAGAGAAAAAAAAAAUAUAAUUAGAAAUGAUGCACCUUUAAACACAUUGGAUUCUUAUAUCAAGUAUUUAAGAAUGAUGUCAAGCACUUAAAUGUUUAAACACUCCUUGGAAUAACAAUCUAGACUUCACUUCUUCUAUUCAUAUCUUUAUCACUUCUUCACUCAUAGAUGUAUUUACAAGAUGUUCCAAUUAUCAAUACUCAUCCAAGAAUAAUAUUGAUCCUACAUUUCCCUUUUUCUAUGGCUUGAUUUUUAAAGUUUGCACUAUAUUUCUUCCUUCUUUUUUCUUUUUUUUUUAUAUAUAUAGUGGAUAAGUAGUUUUUCCUGUAGACAAAUUUCGACAAUAAGAAUGAUGUCUCACACCCUCCAUGUGUACUCUUCAUUUUCAAGGCGUUCACUUUAUCCACUUAUUUUGCAGCAAGUGUUUUUCUAUGCACGAUUUUUGACAAUGAGAAUGAUGUCUCACACCCUCCAUGUGUACUCUUCAUUUCUAGAUUUUUCACAUUGCUCUCUCUUUUUUUUUCUUUUUUUUUUCGAAAUAAGUGAUUUCUCCUCACAAGUCCUAUAGAUCAGGGUGCAAAAAUUUCCAUUAAACUCAAAUGAUUAAUCAAAUUUUCAUAUCAAGUAAAUAUUAUCCAUCAAGAUCAUGAAGUGAAAAUCUGUAAAAUCAAAUCCAUGUUAUCUAUCAUGUAUCCAAGGAGUAUUCCAACAUGUCAUGCUACUAGAUCAUUCUUUUGACUCAAUAAUAAUCUUCUUAGUAUCUUUUGGUAUCAAUCAAUCUAAUUGAUUUAAUUUUUCAUGCAUGCAAUAUGAUGUAAGAAAUUUGUAAAUUAGAUAGUUCUGAUAGUUUUGUUUUCUAUUUUCAGUUCUAUUUUAGCAGCAAUAAAUUUGUCAAAAAUAAAUCAAAACUAUCUUCUUUAUAGCUGUAAUUUCGAAUUUCAGUAAUAUAUGUCUAAGGGAUUGAAAUGUGAGAAAAGGGUCUCUAUAAUUUCAAAUUUCGGGUUGUUUUUUCGUCUACUGUUUUUGACAGUCUGUUGUUCCUAAUAGAAAACCAGAAAAUAGAUGUUGCAGUUUUUCCGAAUUUUAUUUUAUUUUUAUUUUUUUAGUUGCUGUUCUAAGUUGAAUAAAAUGCAAACACAUGUUCUUAAUCGUCUUACAGCAUAAAUUAAUAAUGAAUACUUCACCCCCCAACUUAAAAAUGACAUUGUCCUCAAUGACACAGAAAAAUUAAAACAGAAUAUGUAGAAAAUAUAAUUUUCAAGUGAAGCAUGCAUUUAAGCAUUAAAAAUGUUGUCAUAAAUGAUAAAGCUCCAAAAGACAUCACCUCAACCUCGUUUUUAAUUUUCCACUUCAUCUUACACUCCUCCUCCUACACUUUUUCGAAAAAACAAAUAUAGAAACAAGUACUGCGAAAUUUUAAGAAAAAUAGAGCUUAAAAAAAAUCAAACAGAAUGAAAUAAAAACCAUGGGUUGCCUCCCAUGCAGCGCUGAAUUUAAUGUCUUCAGCUGGACAGCUCUUAGAUCAUAUAAGAUGAUCUAUGGCCAUCAAAAUAUAUUUGUAUCCCAAGGUAAGUUUCAUGAUAUUCUUUUUCAGAUUUAGCAUAAAUUCAUAUACUUCAUAUAUAUACCUUGACAUACUUUCAGCCAAAAAAAAAUGGAAAUUAAUAAAAUUUUCCCAAAAAUAAUAUUUCCAUUUUGAAAAGAAUCUUUCCUCAUUUCUAUCUUGUUUUGUAAGGCUCUCAUUCAUUAAUAAAUACUUUCUAUUAAUAGACCAUAAAAUGUGAUGAGGCCAUAUAAUUUUCGAAUUAGCUCUUACCCAAUCUAAAUUCUUUUCAUCUAAAUUGAUAUAUCUAAUUCUUCCACUCACCCAUUUCUUAAUGUCUUCUUUUAUCUGCAUAAUCUUCCCCUACUCCAUUUUAUCUUCCAUACAUAUUUGUUCAAUUUGUGAGGAGUGAAAUAUUUCAAGCUUAGAAGUAAUUCUAAUGGGCUGUGGGUUUUGAAGGAUGGAAGGAUUGUCUUCUUUAAUCUCAGAUCUAAUGAAUUCAGUAAAAUUCAAAUUUUCUCCUCGAAAGUUAUCUCUAUAUUCAUAUUCAUUAUUUUCUUUUCUCCCCAUUAGUUGAAUCAACUCUUUUUCUAGCUUUUUGUUUCUCAACUUAUCAAAUUCUUCAUCUUCCCAAGAGCUAUCUUUUAAUUUCGGUAUAUGAUAUACAUCAUCAUUCUCACUAUCAACAUCCAUGGCUGCAAAAUUAUGAUUAGAUUUAUUAAUUUCGUCUCCUACAUCCCCCAAAUCAAUUGAUUUUUCCUCACCUGAAAUAUAUUUUUCUUCACUUCUGUCCUUACUCCCUUCUACUAAAAUUUGGAUGAUUUUUCCAUGAUCAGCUGCUGUUUCUUCAUCUAAGGGCUCUUUCUCCUCAUCAUCCUCACUAUAUUCAUUCAUCAAUUGUGAGCAAUAAAUGAUUUUAUUCAAAUUUUCUGCUACUAUAUUUUCAGCCUUAAUAUUCUCCUUUACUUCUAAUGGCUCAUCAAUUUCUUCUAAUAAUUGGAAAUAAGGAUCAGAUAAAAUAUUCUCACUCAAUGUAUUCACUGACCUAACAUUUUCAUUUCGUAGGUUUUUUUCUAAAUUUAUCCAGCUAGACUCUCCUUGCUGAAAUCUUACUGUUGGACAGUUUCCUGAAUUUUCUAUGGGCUAACUAGGUAGCUGUCCCUCUUCUCUCUUAUUCCCAAGAGCCUCUAUAAUUUGUUUCUAGUGCAGCAUCAUUUGAUUCAUAGUUUGUUAGAUCAUUUGGCUCAUAGUUUGUUGCAUCAUUUGGCUCAUUUGCUGCAUCAUUUCUAUAGUAUCAGGUUAGGUUUGAGAGGGCUGAUUUUUCUGAAAUCUGUUUUCUUGUUUUGGACGAAAUUCAGAGUUUGAAUUGGAUCUAAGUGCUUCUAGAUUUUGAAUAUUAAUUGGGUGUCUCAACGAAAAAUUAUUCCCCCAAUUAGGAUUAUAAGAGUUAGAAAAAUAUUUCCUAUUUUUACUAAAAUCGUGGGGUACCUACACUUGUUCUUGCCUAUGAUGAUUUUGAAAUUCGAAAUUAUCAUUUUCACCAUACAUAGGACAUGUACUAUUUGAAUUAAAUUGAGGGUUAAGAGGCUUUCUAAUAUUGUCAAUAAGUAAAUUAAGUUUUUAUAAUCUUUGAUUAAUCUGAACCUCAUUUCUAAAUUUAGAAUCAUCAUCAUGAUGUAAUUCAUAAAUUCCUCUCUUCUUAUCCCUGUCAUAUAAUUUAAAAGAGGCUUGAUCUCUAGAAUUUUCACUUAAAUUCUCAUAAAGACUGUAAAUCUCAUCAAGGGUUUUCUCCAUAAAAGCUCCUCCACAUAUAGAAUCAACUAUAUUUCUAUGUUGUUCUAAUAAUUUAUCAUAAAAAAUUCUAUUGAGCUGCCACUUAGGUAUAGCAUGAUGAGGACACUUUUUAAGUAAAUCUUUGAAUGUUUCCCAUGUCUCAUGUAAAGUUUCUCCUGAUCUUUGAGAAAAACUCCAUAUAUAUUUUCUCAUAUUUUGGGUUUUUCCUAAGGGAUAAAAUUUUCGAAGAAAGGCAUAUUCUAUGUCUUUCCAGCUAGUUAAUUCUCUAUCUAAUGUGGAUAGCCAAUGACUAGCUUUGUCCCUAAAUGUAUGAGAAAAUAAUUUCAUCUUAAUAAUUUCCAGUGUAACUUGAGAGAGAUUAACUAAAUCACAGACCAUAUGAAAUUUUUCUAAGUGCUGAUGAGGUUCCUCUAAAGGCAAUCCAUGAAAAUUAGGGAGCAUUUGAAAAAUUCUUAGAUUUAUUUCGAAUUUAACAUUGGGUGCUAAUGGGACUCUAAUAUUGGAUGCUCUUUGAAAUGAAUCAGGGAUAUAAUAAUUUUUCAUGGCCAUUGGAUUGUUCUCAGUUUGACCUAUACUUUCUUUAGGAUCUAUCAAAAUUAAUUUUCUUUCGGAUUUUUAGUCUUGAAUGAAAUAAUGAAAGGAUUUUCUAGCCUUGGAUGCAAGGAUCUUCUACCAUGCAUAAAAAAAUCAAUAAAUUCGAGGGAAAAGUUUAGUAAUUGUUACCCUCCUUCAGUAUGCUCCAGUCCUUGCCUUGCUUCUUUUUGUUCACUUUUUCUUAAAAAAAAAUCAACAAAAAGAAAAUAAAACAAGAGUUAAAUUUUUUGUGUACUCUAAGAGAAAAAUAGAAAAAUACUAAAUAUUAUGCAAUACAUCCCCAGCAACGGCGCCAAAAUUUGACGUGACCUAUUCGUUGUUUAUUAAAUCACGCAAAUAUAAAAUUUAUAAAACUAGAAAAUACGAAUUUUUAGAUAUUUAGAAGUAUUUCUGAACAAAUAUAUCAAUUAUAAUUCAAUAAAACUUCCAAAAAUAGCGGUAAUUUUCCAAGUCGAUCAUAGGGAUGUGAUAUAAUAUCUGGUAUUUAUUCAGAAUUUUCCCCAGAUAAUACUAUAUUAUAUGAAUUUUGUACUAAGAAAUGAAAAGGAGAUAUAUUUAAAAUUCACGAAAAAAAAGAAAUAAGGGUGUGGGCGUCAUGAUGAUGUCAGCACUCGGCGAACGCGAAUCGGGUAGAAACAGAGUUCCACCCGGUGAUUCUUACAUAAGUGAUUAUAGACGAUUUAAUUGAUCAAAUUAAGAUCUGUAAAAGACGGAAGAAUCGUAAUGAAAUGAAGUAUAUGUUGGUAAAUUUAAAAUCAACAAAUUAUCACUAAAUGAAACGAAAAUUAAGUUGAAAGUAGGAAAACAGAGUUCUGGCGUCGCGACGGCGAUGCGUCGGCGAUGCACCGGAAUUCUGAGUGUUCGGGAGGAUCGUCGUGCAGUGUCUACGGCCUCGAAGGCUCUCCUUGGACAACCACGACGUGGCCAAUCUCUAGAUCUUCUCGCGAAGUCUAGAGAUUAAUGAAAUGGGUCGUCGAAUCGUCUCUGGUGGCUGUCACCCGGCGGAGCGGAAAAACGGCAACUUUGUGGCUCUCCGGCAGCUGUCACCUGACGGAGAGGAGCUGGAUGGAGGUGGGGCGCGUGUCAGGAAGCUUCAUCCUCAGGUCCGCACAGCAAGAUGAGGCUCUUCAUCGCAUCUGAUAUGCUCUCAGGAAGUGGCGACUCGUCUCCCGGCAGAUUGUCCUCUUCCUGACGACGGCUUGUUCGUUGAUCAAUCGGAGAUGAUUUACUCGAUGGAUUUGCGAUCCUUUUAUCGCGAAUCGUUCAGCAAUUUUAGUAGCAAUGCUCCGCGAAUCGCGUUGACGAGAUUUUUGCCGAUGAUCCAGCGAUUCUCGUUGCUUAAUCCUUCACCGGCGAUCUGCAGGAAAGUCGCGAUAAUCAGAUAAAAAUAUAUGAAUUUUGACUCUUGAAGGAUUCGAACCUACGCCGGUUGUCCGCUCCUUCUGAGGAAGGUGUGAUGCGGGUUUAGUCCCACAUCGGUUGUGCGCUGAUUUUUCGGGCGAAUAUAUAGUAAUGUUAGCUUUCUAAGCAAAGUUCCUUCUCUCACGUGUACAACUACUCCUUGCCCCAUAGCCGACUUGCCACCGGUGACAUGGAAGGGGAGUGGCGCACACGUGCCCCUAUCAGUCCAAGCCGCUCGAGCCCCUGCUCGCGGCUACUCCCCGACUGAGCUUUCGACCCGCUUGCAAGCCUGGCUGGCCGGUAGGUCCCCCUCAUUUUGUCUUAUUUUUUAUUUCUUUUUCUUCAUUUAUCUCAAAAGCAAGACUAUAAAAAUCAUAUAAAUUCAUGUAAAAUCACAUAAUUACCUAAAAAUUCACGUUAAUCAACUGAAAACCACUUUUCACACUUUAACAUAAAUAUAAGUCUAUUUAUCAUGAGUUAAGGCUAAAACUAUAUUAUUUACUAAUUAUUAACUCAUGAUAAUGAAGACUUAUCAAUUAUCCUGCCCCUUUCUGGUGGAAGGUGACGCGGGUUUAGUCCCACAUCGCUUGUGCGCCGAAUGUUUGAGCGAAUAUAAAAUAAUGUUACAUUUCUAAGCAAAGUCUCUUUCUCGCGCGUGUACAACCACUCUUUGCCCCACAGUCGGCUAGCCACCGGUGACGUGGAAGGGGAGUGGCGCACACGUGUCCCCAUCGGUUCAAGCCACUCGAGCCCCUGCUCGCGGCUACUCCCGACUGCGCUUCCGACCCCCUUGCGGGCUCGGCUGGCCGGUGGGUCCCCCCCAUUUUGCUAUAUUUUAAUUUUAAUUUCUUUUCCUUCAUUUAUCUCAAAAGUAAGACUGUAAAAAUCAUAUAAAAUCACAUAAUUACCCAAAAAAUCAUGUUAAUCAAUUGAAAACCACUUUUCACACUUUAACACAAAUAUAAGUCUAUUUAUCAUGAGUUAAGGCUAAAACUAUAUUAUUUAUUAAUUAUUAACUCAUGAUAAUGAAGACUUAUUAGUCGUCAAAUUGUCUCUGUCAACUAUCACCUGGUGAAGUGAAAAAAUAAUAAUUUUUCAGUUCUCUAGUGACUAUCACCCGAUGAAGAGGAGCUAGAUAAAGGUGGGGCACAUGUUAAGGAGCUUCAUCCUCAAGUCCACUCAAUAAGAAGAGGUUCUUCAUCACAUUUGGUACACUUUCAAGAGGUGGUGACUCAUCUCUUGAUGGAUCAUUCUCUUCCUAACAAUGGCUUGUUUGUCGAUCAAUUAGAGAUGAUUUAUACUUGAUAGAUUCAUGAUCCUUUUAUCAUGAAUCAUUCAACAAUUAGUAACAAUGUUCUGCAAAUCAUGUUGACAAGAUUUUGUUGAUGAGCAAUUCUGACAGCUUAAUCCUUCACCGACGAUGUACAAGAAAAUCAAGAUUUAAUUAGAUAAAAAAUGUGAGUUAUGGUUUUGAUAAGAUUCAAACUUGCGUCGAUCACCCACCUACAUGAGAAAGUGUACUCAAAUACUCUUAUAUAGUGACAUCAUCAUGGUAUCUCGUUGUUAUAAAUAAGUGAUAAUUUAGGUAUUAAAAUCUUCGAAAACAUUAUGGAGAAGUUUUAUCGCCGAUUUAAUCCCACAUCGAUUAUACGCCGAGUGUUGAGAUGAAUAUAUAGUAAUACCACAUUUAGAAAUAAUGAGUAUUUUUCUCGUGUGUGUACGACCACUCGUCCCACAUCUAGCUAGCCACUAGUGACGUGGAAGGGAAGUCACACACACAUGUCCCCAUCGGUCCAUAGCCGCUCGAGCCUCUACUUGCGGCUCCACCCUGACUAUGCUUUCGACCCACUUGUGGGCCCAAUUGGUCGGCAGGUCCUCCACCUUUUUUAAUUUUUUAAUUUUAUUAUAUUUUUCUUUAUUUAUCUCAAAAAUAAGAUUAUAAAAAUUAUAUAAAUGUGCAUAAAAUCACAUAAUUAGCCAAAAAUUCACAUUAACCAAAUAAAAAUUACUUUUCACAAUUUAUCUCAAAUAUAAGUCUAUUUAUCAUGAGUUAAAGCGAAAACUAGAUUAUUUAUUAAUUAUUAACUCAUGAUAAUUAAGACUUAUCACAAAUCAAGAUAAUGAGAUCUUGCCUUAGCUCAAACAUAAUUCACAUACAAUUCUAUGAUAAAUUGGUCUAUAAAUUACUCUCUAUUUUUUAUUGUUUAUUUUUUCCCACUAAAAGUCCCUCUUGACUUGAUUAAAGUACCAAGAAAACUUGGUACUAAUGUAGAUACAAAUAACAUGAUAGAAUACAUCCAAACAAUACAUGAGAAUGUAAAGAAGUGUCUUACAACUAAUUAUUCAAACUAUAAGGAAAAGGCAAAUAGAAAAAGAAGAAGGAAGAUAUUUGAAGUUGGUGAUUUUGUUAUGAUAUACUUAAGAAAAGAACGAUUGACACUAAGAAAUAAUCACAAACUCAAUCCACAAAAGUAUGAUCCAUUUAAAGUCCUUCAAAAGAUUAAUGAUAAUGCAUAUGUCAUUGACUUACUAGAGACAAUGGAAAUCUUAAGCCAUUCCCUUCUCAAGUUUGGCUGCAUCAAUCAUUCCAUUGUGUUGGUGUUAUCUACUAUGUGAAGGAGAACCUAAUGGCUUAAGGAAAAUCUAUGCACCAUCUCUCUUGACUAGGUCUACAUUGAAUAUAUACGAAUAUCUAUUAAUUAUCCAUGCCAUCAUUUUGUAAUUGUUCUUAAUUUAGGCAAGCUAGUGCUCAAAAUUUAGGAGUAGAUUACAACAAAUAUAAGGAGUUGACCUGAGAUGAAAAAUCUAGUAGAUUGCUCCACAUAGAGCAAAUGUAAACACUAAGGAUGUAGGAGAACCUAGGGACAAAGUCCUUGGAGAGUGGAUGUCAAUUUGAAGGACUUAUUAUGCUGACAAUUUUUAUUUCAAAUAUAAUUUACAACGAAAUAAGUUAUAUUAGGUUUUGAUAUUGUGUUGUUACCAAGAUGUCAAUAGAGUGAUGUUUUGACUUCUAUUGAGAAUUAUUUUAUUUUUCAAGUCAAUUUAGGGAAUACUUGUAAAGUGGAUAGAAUGGUAAAUGUCUUUGUCUAGAAUGAAGAGAAAUUUGUGAAAAUAGUGUAAGAAAAAGGUUACUAAUCCAAUAUUUUGUUUAUAAUUCUAAAGAAGAGUAUUGAAAUCUAUGAGAAGGGACCCAUGGAAAAUAGACAAGGCCAAGGGAAGGCCAAACUACGUGGAAUAUUAAGGUCCUAAAUGAUUUUGAAGUUAUUAUAUCAACCUACUGAAAUAGUGUGUACCAACUGAAAAACUAUGUUGACUCAAAAAAUCAUGUGUUGAUCCAUUGUGUUGACUCAGAUUAUUUUGUGUUCACCUAUCAUUACAACAUUUCCUAUAAAUAGCUUAAAAUCAAUUCAUCCCCCCCCUCUUAGUAUAUUUUCUUGGCUAUUAUGUGCGAACAAAAUUAACGCUUUAGUGCACUUUGACUAAACUUACUAGUCAGUCUACUUGUUGUUGACUUGUUACAAAUGAAAUUUAUUCGAAAGUUAUUAGUUCAUAUUUCAAAUCAAGAAAAGAUAAAUUAUAUUUUAAUUUAAAUUUUUAGGUUAUAAUUAAUAUGAAUUUAAUGUUCUUUAUAUUCAAUGAUUUAAACUUGGCAAUCAUAUAUUGAAGUCUUAAUUGAACUGUUAUUAUUUCAACUCUAACAUUUGAAUCUAACACUUUCAAUAUUAAGAUUAAAUUAUUUUCUACCUUAGGCAUAUUUGAGAACACUAAACUACCAAUUUAAGAAAGAUAUACAACUAAAGGUUAUGUCAUAUAUGAUUGCAUGGCAUGUGUGGACACAUAUUGUAGUACAUGAUGUAUGUGUUGCUGAUAACAUGCAUACAUUCAUGCUUUGAUGUACCUAAACUAUACGAUUUUACACAUAUACUUGAUAGAAAUCAUGCAUGUUAUCACUUAAAUGAUUCAUUUUGUGUAAUCCAUAUAUUAUUGCUUAAGUCACAAGUUUACACAUUUUUUAGCACAUCUAUGGAUUAAUGUUUUUGGACAUUGUGGAAGUUCAACAACUCAAUUAUAUUGAUUAUUCUCUAAGCUUACAUGUGCAGAGUAUUAGGCCUCUAUUGGGAAAAAAAGAGACGAAAUCCUAAAGUCUAAGUAUUGAAAAAUUGGGCCAAAGACAAACCCAAGGACUUAAAGGCAUGCCAAUAAGUCAAUGGGCCUACAAGGGUCAGACCAACAGAGCACCAGCUGAAGCUUGGAGCUGAAUGUGGAUCUCCAUGAGCCCAACCAAGGUCUAGCUGGUGCCAAGGCUGUGGAUGCAUAUUUUCAUGAAAUCUAAAUAAAGUUUAUCUAGAGUCAAGGCUCAAGAAGACAAUUGGGUCCAGCUGAAGCCAAGGCCCAAAUAUGCAGCCCAAGGCCCAACUACAAGGAGCUCAGCUGUAGCCCAAGGCCUAAUCGGGCUGGCUGAGGGGACAAGCUUCAAAUUGCUGAUGAAUAGAAGAAGAAAAGUAGGGCAGUGCUGGCACCCACUCUUGAAAUAUGUAGACCCUAAAUGCCCUUGUAAAUCGCUUUAAUAGUAGACACAAAGGGAGGUCAAUUGCUAAAUUGUAAGAGGGUAAAAUAGGAAUUAAAAGGGGGUAUUUAAUGUCUCAUGUCCCCACCUGUGGAGGCACUCUUUGGUGGUUCUAGACUAGGAUUGGCUGUAGGACAAGACCCCAAGAGUCCCUCUUCUGUUAUGCAAGUAUGAAUGAAUUUAUUUUGUCCAUUUCUUGUGUGAUGGAAGGGGUUAGCAAAGAGGAAGGGAGAAGAGUGACGUGGAAGAGAAGAUGCACCUACCUGCAGAUGAUUAGAGCCCUAGGUUGGCGAGAUAGACCCCUAGGGUAAGUGUGCGAUCUUCAUGUGCAUUCACUAUCCCAUUAACUCCGAAAUUAGGUAGGUUAGUAUUAGGAGGGAGCAAGAGAAAGAGGCUUGCCAAGAGAGAGAGCACCUACUGGCUGUUGAUUAGAGCCUUGGGUUGGCGAUGUGAACCCCAAGGUAAGUGCUAUUCUUUAGAGCUUUCAUGCCCCCUAUCUCAAUCCUUGCAUAGAUAGGUUAGCAUUUAAUGUUCUAUGUAGUUUAGAAAUCACGUUUGCACAGCCUAACCGAUUACAUUCUUCCAAGUGUCUUACCCCUUAGGUGUAAGAUACUUCCCCUCCCUCCAUUCAUCUCUCUCUCCCCUCAAUCCAUGAGAGUUUAAAUUUUCACCUCAACCUGAUCCCAUUCCCUGUGGAUAUGACCCUAGCUCAAUACUUUCUACAUAAUCAAUCAAGAGUUAGACUUAUAAAUAUUUUUGAUUAAGCUCUAGUUAGGAUUCACAACACCCUAAAUUUAGACUUAUCAGUUGCCACAUGAGAAAAUAAAAUAUUUAUUCAGAUUAUAUUUAUGAUGAUUUAAUUAACAUGUUAUAAUGUUUAUAUGUUUUCUAUGAUUCAUAUGAUUUAAACAUGAUGUGAGAUAGGUUUUUCAAUAUAUGACGAUUAUCAAAUUAACAAGAAAAGUAAAAAUUGAUAUAAAAUUUAAUUUUGUAAGGUUUAUCAUGAUGGUGGCACAUCAUAUUAGUACAUAGAUUAAAGUCAAAAUAAAAUCAUAUGAUCUAAAGCUGACAUAGGCAUUUAGAUAGUCUUCAUUAAGUUAGAAAGCUUUAGUUCAAAUGUAAAUUUAAAUAACUAUACAAAUAGAAAGGAAAAAGUCAAAUAUUGGAAGGUCAAUGUAUGGAAAAUGUGUAUUUUAAUUGUUGGGUUAUGACCCACACUAUAAUCAAGGAGGGGUCGAAUCAAUUUAGUUGUAAAAACUCCUUUUCUAUAUUUACUCAAUUGAAUCUACUUUUUCUCUAUCUAUAAGAUUCGUGUAAUCCCUAUAGUUUAAUGGUUGUAAGCCCAAUAGAUUUUUUUUGACUCUAUGUUUACAUCCACUCUCUAAGAACACUUUUGUUGUUGGGUUCUACUAAGUAUGGUCGUUUGAUCAUACACUACUGAUUAUAGGGCUUAGCUCAUGUGGAAUUUCACCUUAAAAUUCUCUUUUAGAUUCAUCAUUCUAGGAGGUCAACAUUUAUUCAAAGAGACAUCUCUCAAUUAAGACAACACAUUCAUAUUGUUUAAGGGUGAUGUAAGGGCCAUCCCAUCUAGAUUUAAUUAUUAUUUUAGUCACAAGUUUAUCUCAAAACUAAUAUGAAAUGAUUUAACUGUGGGAAGUGUUCAAAAGGAGAUAUGAGCUUAGAAUAUUUUUAAAAUUCUAAUGAAGAGGAUGAUGAUUGAUGACUUGGAGUUGUUACCCUCUUCUAGUCAAUUUGUUGGUCAUGGAUUGAAGGCUUUUCAAGUUUCAUAUAGUGGGAGGAAGAUCUCUUAAUGCUUAUGUAGCUUUCAUUAAGUUAAUGCAUUUGAAUGAUGUUCUUUUAAAUACUUCAGCUCUCCUUAGGUGAAACCAAAAUGUGAUUCAUUUAUCACAUAAUUUUCAGUCCUUAAAUGGCUAAAUAAUUCAAAGGGGGGUGAAUUGCCUUUUAAUUUUUAUAAGAAUAUAUCAUUUAUAUCUCUAUAUUAAUAUAAAGAAGCAAGCCGAUAGAAGAUAGUUCACACUAAAUUUUAUAGUGAUUCAGUCAACUCCUUUGGCCUACAUUCACUUUCGAGGACUCCACCUCGAUUUCACUAUUUCUCUUUGGAAUAUGAUGUGACUUAGUUGUUGUAUAGUAAAUCAUACAAAUUUAAAAUUUAUAAAACUAGAAAAUACGAAUUUUCAGAUAUUUAGAAGUAUUUAUGAAUAAAUAUAUCAAUUAUAAUUCAAUAAAACUUCCAAAAAUAUCAGUAAUUUUUCAAGUCGAUCACAAGGAUGUAAUAUAAUAUCUGGUAAUUAUUCAGAAUUUUUGUCAAAGAAUACUAUUUUCUAUGAAUUUUACACUAGGAAAUAAAAAGGAAAUAUAUUUAAAAUUCACGAAAAAGAGAAAUAAGGGUGCAGACGUCAAGAUGACAUCAGUGCCCGGUGAACGCAAAUCGGGCAAAAAUAGAGUUUUGCCUGACGAUUCUUACGUAAGUGAUUACAGACGAUUUAAUUGAUCAAAUUAACAUCUAUAAAAGCUAGAAGAAUCGAAAUGCAAUGAAGUAUAUCUUGGUAAAUUUAAAAUCAACAAAUUAUCACUAAAUAAAAUAAAAAUUAAGUUGAAAACAGGAUAACAAAGUUCCGGCAUCACGGCGGCGAUGCAUUGGCGAUGCACCGAAAUCCUGAAUGUACGGGAGGAUCGUCAUAUAGUGUCUAUGGCUUCAAAGGCUCUCCUUGGACAAGGACAACGUGGGCAAUCUCUAGAUCUCCUUGCGAAGUCUAGAGAUCAAUGAAAUGGGUCGUUGAAUCGUCUCUGACAGCUGUCACCCGGUAGAACGGAAAAACGGCGACUUUGCGGCUCUCCGGUGGCUGUCACCUGAUGGAGAGGAGCUGGAUGGAGGUGGGGCGCGUGUCAAGGAGCUUUAUCCUCAAGUCCCCGCAGCAAGAGGAGGCUCUUCAUUGCAUCUAGUACGCUCUUAGGAGGUGGCGACUCGUCUCUCAACAGAUUAUCCGCUUCCUGACAACAGCUUGUUCGUCAAUCAAUCGGAGAUGCUUUACUCGAUGGAUUUGCGAUCCUUUCAUCGCAAAUCGUUCAGCAGUUUUAGUAACAAUGCUCUGUGAAUCGCGUUGACAAGAUUUUGGCCGAUGAUUCAACGAUUCUGGUUGCUUAAUCCUUCAUCGGUGAUCUGCUGGAAAGUUGCGAUAAUCAAAUAAAAAAUAUGAGUUUUGGUUCUGGGAGGAUUCAAACUCGUGCCGGUUGCCCGCCCUUUCUGAGGAAGGUGUGACGCGGGUUUAGUCCCACAUCACUUGUGUGCUGAAUUUUCAGGCAAAUAUAUAGUAAUGUUAUAUUUGCAAGCAAGUCCCUUUCUCGCGUAUGUAUGACCACUCCUUGUCCCAAAGCCAGCUGGCCACUGGUGACGUGGAAGGGGAGUGGCGCACACGUGCCCCUAUCAAUCCUAGCCGCUCGAGCCCCUACUCGCAGCUCCUGCCCGACUGCACUUCCGACCCGCUUGUGGGCUUGGUUGGCCGGCAGGUCCCCCCCCCAUUUUGCUAUAUUUUUAUUUUUAUUUUUUUUUCUUCAUUUAUCCCAAAAGUAAGACUGUAAAAAUCAUAUAAAUUUGUAUAAAAAUACAUAAUUACCCAAAAAUUCACGUUAAUCAACUAAAAACCACUUUUCACACUUUAACAUAAAUAUAAGUCUAUUUAUCAUGAGUUAA